GGUCACAUGAGCAGCUCAGUUCCGCUGCAGUUCGGCCUGUAGGCUCAGACACAGACACACUCUCUUCUUCCAACAGCAUUUACCGUUUAUUAGACAAAUAAUAAAAAAAUAACCAUCAUGCCUUUUUCGGAGUUAUAUUUUAACGUGGAUAAUGGUUAUUUGGAAGGCCUUGUGAGAGGUUUUAAGGCUGGAAUCCUCGCUCAGAGCGAUUACCUGAACCUGGUACAGUGUGAAACACUUGAAGAUCUGAAGCUUCACCUGCAGAGCACAGAUUACGGAAGCUUUCUGGCCAAUGAAGCUUCUCCCCUCACAGUAUCAGUCAUCGAUGACAAGCUGAAGGAGAAGAUGGUGGUCGAGUUCCGCCACAUGAGGAACCAGUCAUAUGAGCCUUUAGCCAGCUUCAUGGAUUUCAUCACCUACAGCUACAUGAUUGAUAAUGUCAUCCUCCUGAUCACGGGCACGCUGCACCAGAGGGCUAUCUCAGAGCUGGUGCCUAAAUGCCACCCGCUGGGCAGCUUUGAGCAGAUGGAGGCUGUCAACAUUGCUCAGACCCCUGCUGAGCUCUACAACGCCAUCCUAGUUGAUACACCAUUGGCUGCUUUCUUUCAGGAUUGCAUCUCCGAGCAGGAUCUCGAUGAGAUGAACAUAGAGAUUAUCCGUAACACCCUCUACAAGGCUUAUCUUGAGGCCUUUUAUAAGUUCUGCACUAAUUUAGGGGGAACCACAGCAGACACAAUGUGCCCUAUUUUGGAAUUUGAAGCAGAUCGGAGAGCCUUUAUAAUCACCAUCAACUCAUUUGGGACUGAGUUGUCUAAAGAGGACCGGGCUAAACUCUUUCCUCACUGUGGUAAGCUUUACCCUGAAGGCCUUGCACAGCUGGCACGGGCUGACGACUAUGAGCAGGUCAAAGCUGUUGCUGACUACUACCCUGAAUACAAGCUUCUGUUUGAGGGUGCUGGAAGUAACCCAGGAGAUAAAACACUGGAGGACCGCUUCUUUGAGCACGAGGUGAAGCUGAACAAACUGGCCUUCCUUAACCAGUUCCACUUCAGCGUGUUCUACGCUUAUGUAAAGCUGAAGGAGCAGGAAUGCCGUAACAUUGUGUGGAUUGCAGAGUGUAUUGCACAGAGGCACCGUGCUAAGAUAGACAACUAUAUCCCCAUUUUCUAAUGUUAGACCCUCUCUGUACCUCUUGUCUUGAUAUUGUCAUUCACACCCUGUUAUUUAUAAGUGCUGUAUAUUUUGAUCAUUUCUAAAAUAUCUAAUGAUGUAUGUUUGUCUAGAAGUCCAGCUUUCAGGCAAGAGCUUUAUCUGGUUAAGAUUUAACACAUUUACAUUCUGUCUAGAAGGGAAUUAUCUUUGGUGGCUCUUGGUUCAGUUAAAGUUUUUAACACUUCAUUAUGGUACCUAGGGAGUAAAACUGCAUCAAGUGAAACACCAAUUUUGUUGCAGCUGCCAUGUCUAAUGUCUAUAGUGUCCGAUCAGAGUAACAGCUUCUCUCUGAGAUUCUGGUCCCUCAGUUAUCCAGAACUGAUUGUCCUUUUUUUUUUUAUCACAGAUCCACUGGUAAUCUUCACUUGUAUUCAUUAUUAUACUGAAAGGCGUUAGGACAGAGAGAAGAAAAAUUCAUUGGAAGUCAAUUUUGAUAAAGCAACAGAUGUGUAGUUGAACAUUAAGGUCUACUUGAUUGAUUGAAUCAAACAUUCCAUUAUUUUAACGUCUGUACAUCCGUAGCUGCAUAGAACAAACUAUUAAGAAUUUUGAAAUGUUUCCAGGUAAAACCUUGCUGUGUGGACAUGUCACUUUCAGUUUCUGAAGAAAAUUCCAUCAAUCAUUUACAUGGGUUUACCUGUAUCCAGUUGUAAUGAGUAUUAAGAAAGCAUAGGUGUAAAAAAAAAAAAUUAUAAUAAUAACAUGACAUUUUAUAUUCGAAACAAGUGGACGUGUUUUUUUUUCUUUUCUUGUGUAUGAAUGCAUUACUCUGUGUUGAUGCUAAUGUGAAAUGUGCUCUUUUUUUCUUUUUGGAAAUUACUGUUGAUUAACUUAUGGUGUAUCUCAGAUUUUAUCAAGGAGAGCCAAAUGUGAAAGGUCAAACCUAUAUAAGAAUAUGAUUUAAACAUAUGACCUUACAUUCAGGUAUCCUGUGCUGUAAAAAUAUAUUGUAUUUCUGUAAUCUUGCUUGUGUUUUGUGUUUCAGAGAAUUAUAUGGAAUCUGUGUCCAA